CAUGACUCGGGGCCGCAAGAAGGACCUCACCAUCCCCGUCUCGCGCUCCCUCGUCACCCAGCGCGCCUACCGCGCACGCAAGGCCGCCUACAUCGCCGACCUCGAGGACCGCGUCCGCAAGGUCGACGCCGAGAACAUCCGCCUGAGGCAGGAGCUCGAUGCCGUCCGGCAGCAGGCCCUUGCAACGGGGGGCUCGGGCCUCUCGUUUUCCCCUCAAACGGUCGAGGCUACCAACGACCUGAUGCACCACCUCGCUGCUACAUCCCAGGCGCUCGCCCGCUUCCAACAGACGGCGUUCAUCAACAGCCAUACCCCCGCCUCCUUCCAGGACCUGUACGAGCAUCCCCGCCCUUCGCCGCCGCAUCCGACCACAGCGGAUCAUCCCGAUCUGGGCUCCGUCGCUGGCCCUUCUCAUCCGCGCAAAUCGCCCAACGACCAUCGCCUCAAUCCCGACGCUGCGUUCGCGCCACACCACCUCGACGGCCUCUCCCACUCGCAUCCCGCAUCGCCGUUCUUUAACGGUAGAGACGGCCUGCCCGUACCGGGCCCGUCCACGCUCGCCGUUCCCCUCGCGGCGACAAUGUCUUCGCCCCUCCCGGACACACGUGCACGCCCGGGCCCUCUUCGACCGUGGGAAGACGACGGAGGCACUCACUGGCACCACCUUCACCCCGAUAGUGACCGGCUAUACCGGUCGCACCCCGACGAAUACCCUUCACGCCUCGCUCCCCAGCGUCGUCGCUCGCGACAUGUGGAUUCUCGCGGCGUUAGCCCGAUGUCCGAUUUCGUCGGACGGGACCUGGACGACGACGAGCACGACCAGCUCGAAGACGGCGAGGGCUCGGACGACGAUGAGGACAGGGCUUUCAUCGAAAGUCGCAUGGCCGCAGCUGCCGGCAAGAUCCGUUACGAUGCCUCAUCGCGGAUGGACUCAGAACCUAGCGAACGGGCCGAGCGCACGGUCAGCAAAGAUGGGCCCUCGAAGCUUCCGACGUCCAAUUCGGGCACGCUCAACUCCUCCGCAACCGCGCGGGUCGCCUUAAUGCCUCAGGAUGGGUCAUCGAGCGGCAGAUCUAUUCUGUCUUGACGUAUGCCGCUUUCAUACCCUUUCACGUACACGACCCCGGGACGAACCUCUUUCGACAUUCCUUUCGGCUUCUUGCAUAAUAUCUAUUUGGACUCGUGUAUUCGCCUAUGGCCGCCGCCUCGUUGCAUCCAUACGCUCGCUACGCCCACCCUGCUACCACCACCGCUCGUUUUCCCCUCCCAUAUACGACGCAGCCGUGCUUCCACUACUGUAUGCGUGAUCUGUCCUACUGUUGUAUUUAUUUAUGGUCGUGUUUUCCUAUACAUUUUCACACCACUUUUCCGUCAUCGAGAUGCACA